AUGUUACCGGAGGUUCAACCACACGCGGCACAGCGCCGAGCUGGCUCCUGCACUAUACACACUAUACACACUACACACUCACAUGUGGUGGCGCGCCUCCUGCGCCAGCUGCAGGCAGGCGCGCGCGGCGCGCAGGUGCCCGGCGCGGAGCCACACGCGGCACAGCGCCGAGCUGGCUCCUGCACUAUACACACUAUACACACUACACACUCACAUGUGGUGGCGCGCCUCCUGCGCCAGCUGCAGGCAGGCGCGCGCGGCGCGCAGGUGCCCGGCGCGGAGCCACACGCGGCACAGCGCCGAGCUGGCUCCUGCACUAUACACACUAUACACACUACACACUCACAUGUGGUGGCGCGCCUCCUGCGCCAGCUGCAGGCAGGCGCGCGCGGCGCGCAGGUGCCCGGCGCGGAGCCACACGCGGCACAGCGCCGAGCUGGCUCCUGCACUAUACACACUAUACACACUACACACUCACAUGUGGUGGCGCGCCUCCUGCGCCAGCUGCAGGCAGGCGCGCGCGGCGCGCAGGUGCCCGGCGCGGAGCCACACGCGGCACAGCGCCGAGCUGGCUCCUGCACUAUACACACUAUACACACUACACACUCACAUGUGGUGGCGCGCCUCCUGCGCCAGCUGCAGGCAGGCGCGCGCGGCGCGCAGGUGCCCGGCGCGGAGCCACACGCGGCACAGCGCCGAGCUGGCUCCUGCACUAUACACACUAUACACACUACACACUCACAUGUGGUGGCGCGCCUCCUGCGCCAGCUGCAGGCAGGCGCGCGCGGCGCGCAGGUGCCCGGCGCGGAGCCACACGCGGCACAGCGCCGAGCUGGCUCCUGCACUAUACACACUAUACACACUACACACUCACAUGUGGUGGCGCGCCUCCUGCGCCAGCUGCAGGCAGGCGCGCGCGGCGCGCAGGUGCCCGGCGCGGAGCCACACGCGGCACAGCGCCGAGCUGGCUCCUGCACUAUACACACUAUACACACUACACACUCACAUGUGGUGGCGCGCCUCCUGCGCCAGCUGCAGGCAGGCGCGCGCGGCGCGCAGGUGCCCGGCGCGGAGCCACACGCGGCACAGCGCCGAGCUGGCUCCUGCACUAUACACACUAUACACACUACACACUCACAUGUGGUGGCGCGCCUCCUGCGCCAGCUGCAGGCAGGCGCGCGCGGCGCGCAGGUGCCCGGCGCGGAGCCACACGCGGCACAGCGCCGAGCUGGCUCCUGCACUAUACACACUAUACACACUACACACUCACAUGUGGUGGCGCGCCUCCUGCGCCAGCUGCAGGCAGGCGCGCGCGGCGCGCAGGUGCCCGGCGCGGAGCCACACGCGGCACAGCGCCGAGCUGGCUCCUGCACUAUACACACUAUACACACUACACACUCACAUGUGGUGGCGCGCCUCCUGCGCCAGCUGCAGGCAGGCGCGCGCGGCGCGCAGGUGCCCGGCGCGGAGCCACACGCGGCACAGCGCCGAGCUGGCUCCUGCACUAUACACACUAUACACACUACACACUCACAUGUGGUGGCGCGCCUCCUGCGCCAGCUGCAGGCAGGCGCGCGCGGCGCGCAGGUGCCCGGCGCGGAGCCACACGCGGCACAGCGCCGAGCUGGCCGCGCGUCGAGCGGCCGCACUGCCGCACGCCUCCUGCAGCUCCCCCACUAUGCGCGCCGCCUGACGGUAGUCCUGACGACAACAUUCUUUUUAUGUUCCAUCAUUUAA